AUGGUGUUUGCGGUGAAGAGCUGUAAACAUGAUCCACGGCGCGAGGGGAGUGUCCACGCGUCCCGGGACGGCGAUGAGGAGGCGCAGCGGCGUACUUACGCGUGUCUUCUACACUUAUUAUUCUGUACAGGUGUGGAUGGCUCUCCUGCUCUGUACACGCCCGUUAUUUUACACGUUCCCUCUCGGCAUAAAAAGAGCCAGAGGGGAGGCCGGCUGCGGGACCAGACGUCGCGGACAGGGCUCCUUUCUCUCCCCCCCGAGCGUCCCGUGGGGGGUGGCGUGGUCAUGAGGAGGGCGGGGUGA